AUGUUGACCAUUUUCCAUCAGCUUUUGAAAUUUCACAUUUUCAAUGUAAAAAAUGAAGUGGCACCUGCCUGUCAACACAUUGGGUACAUUGAGACAGCAACGGAACCCCAAACCAUCGAUCAGCAAGUAACCAAGAUAAUGACUCUAAUAAAUUGUACAAUUCCCCAAAAGGAUACCGUGUAUUUCAAUGAAACCACCAGCGCACGCAAUAGCACAGCGACAAUAUUAAAUUAUAAGCCUAAAUACUGUGUUGGAGACAGCUUGAUUGUUCAGGUUGAGAUGUUCAAUUAUUUGGGGAAAGGGAAGACGUAUGGAGGAGACUUCUUACAAGCCCGGAUCUUUUCACCAAAGCUUCAAGCUGGGGCUUCUGGAAGAAUUGAGGACUUCAACAACGGAACUUAUAAUAUCUAUUUUACAUUAUUUUGGAAUGGAGAAGUACAAAUAUCCAUUCUCCUAAUGCACCCCAGUGAAGGGGUAGCUCUUUUGUGGAAAGGGAGGAAUAUGGGAUCCAGUUUGAUCAGAUACACAGGAAAGUUCCUUAAUAAAAGACAGGAAGUUCAUACGGAAUGUGGCUUGCACUUGAAUUCCCAACAGGAAAAAUGUAAAUAUACAGACAGGAAAUAUAGAGAAGUUUUCUACUGCACCAAGUUACCAGGAGUACCUUGUGAGGCUUUCAUAUCAUUAAAAAGUGGGAACUCACCGUAUACAUCCCUCACUAACAUCAACAAGACUCUCUUUUCCAAGUCCCAAAUUGCCAUAGAAAUCCCCAAACAAGUUGGACGCAUUGACGUUGUAAAAUGCCCAAAAACACCUGAGAAUGUGACUUCAAAAUGCCAAACUGGGACCUCUCUUCCCUUCCCUAGUGGUUACUUCUUAAAAAACCAAUGGCUCUCCACACAUUGCAAUCUUGCUUCCUUUGAGCCCUUGUUAAACAUAAAUAAAUGUUUGGCCGGCAAAAUGAUAUAUUUGAUGGGGGAUUCAACAAUUCGUCAAUGGAUAGAAUUCUUCCCAAAGGUCAUAAAGAAUCUGAAAUUUUUUGAUAACCACAGAGCUGGUUGGCACAAGACCUAUUUGGCAUUCGACUUACAGAACAAUAUAUACAUUCAGUGGAAGAAGCAUGGACAUCCAUUUGUAACUCAGAGCUUCUUCAACGUCAAAGAUCACUCCUACAUCCCCAAUGAACUGGACCGGCUUCCUGGUGGCCCCAACACAAUUGUUGUGUUAGCUGUAGGACAGCACUUCCGGUGCUUUCCUUUUCCCCUGUUCAUCAAAAGACUCCUCAGUAUACGAAGGGCCAUCGAGAGCCUGUUUUUACGAAGUCCAGAUACAAAAGUUAUCAUAAAGUCUGAGAACACUAGGGAGAUUAACACUGAUGUAGAGAGAUUCAGUGACUUUCAUGGUUAUAUUCAGUACCUCUUAGUAAAGGACAUCUUCAAUGGACUUAAUGUUGGGGUGAUAGAUGCUUGGGACAUGUCCACAGCAUUUGGCUCCAGAAAUGUCCACCCGCCAGAACCUGUUGUUAAGAGUCAGGUCAACUUGUUCUUGUCUUAUUUCCACCAGAUGGUGAGCCCAAAGCAGAAUAUAGAAGAUGGCUUAUUAAGGCUUAUAAACAAAAUACUGUUGUGCAAUAUAGCUGAACUGCUGGAGAAAUUGGAUUUCAUAGACAGCUGA